AUGACUUACCGAUUUCGUGUCAGUUACAAUGAAAGGAGCCCUUUUAUGAGAAUUUGCUGCAAGUUUAUUGAAGCAACCAGAAAUUGGAGAGGCUCCUCUUCUGCCAUUUCUAGGGAGGAGGGUGAUCAGGCUCCGUCUCCCUCAGAUUCUCUAGAAUGCAAGUUCCCUGACAAAGAAGUCAUAGCGUCUGAUGGUUCGAAAGAAGGAUGGGACGUUUGUAAUGUCAGCAAGUUUAAAAAGGCAAAUUCAGUUCGUCGGUUCUAUCCAAUAUUAAUUUCAUGUUUGAUUUAUGGAAUCAUAUAUUCACAGUCAUUGACUUUAUACACCAAGCAAGGAGUUACAAUGGACAGAUCCAUUAGUCCAAGCUUGCAAGUACCUGCUGCUUCUCUGCAAUCCCUUCUUUAUCUCUCAAUACUAUUAUUCGUUGCUAUCUACGACCGUGUUUUAGUUCCUUUUGCUAGAACAAUAACUGGAAAAUCAUCAGGUAUAACCAUAUUACAGAGGAUUGGUGUUGGACUUUUUGUCUCAACCAUCACCAUGAUCACAGCUGCUCUAGUUGAAAGAAAGCGUCUUGAAAUUACUAAACAGUACGGGCUGGCUGACAAGCCAAAGGAAACUGUUCCUAUGAGUGUUGUAUGGUUGGUACCGCAAUAUAUUCUGUUUGGUGUUUCUGAAGUAUUUGUUAUGGUUGGUAUGCAAGAGUUUUUCUGUGAUGAGAUGCCUGCUGAUUUGAAAAGCACGGGCCUUGCUCUAUACCUUAGUAUCUUCGGCCUAGGGAGCUUUCUUAGCAGCUUCAUGAUCUCUGUGAUUGAGAAAGUCACCGGCAGGAAUGGGCACGACGGUUGGUUCUCCGAUAAUCUGAAUAAGGGGCACCUCGAUUACUUUUACUGGCUGCUAGCAAUCCUAAGUGCUGUUGCAUUUGCAGCUUUUCUUUUAGCCGCAAAGUCUUACGUCUACAAUGGAAGGCACAGCUAG